GGGUCAUGAAACAGUCGUAUACUUCGUAUUGCGCAUGCGUCCAACUGGUGCCCGCGCCUAGCCUCUCGUAGAAAUCAAUGCUCAGGUCGUCGAGCGCCAGUUGAAUUUCAACAAGGGCGAUGAUGGCAGCUGCCGCCAUGUGCACGGCAUCAGACUUCGAAGACUGGCUGUCCAAACGACUAAAAAACAUCAAUAUUGACGAUGAAGUGUUCGGGUCUUACAUCCUCGGGGUCGUCGACACGGACGACUCGACGGACGAGGACAAAAUGGAGACACUGAUGGGCAUUUUAUCUGAGAUAACUGAGGAGCCAGUUGAAGAAACUUGUCAAGAAAUCUUAAAGCAAUGGCAAGCAACCCACAGCCAGAUGAAACAAGAAAAUGAAGCCAUCAAAAGAGACGAACCUUCAACAGAUGCCAAGAUGUCUUCCAUCAUGGAGCGGCAUGCGACCACACAGAGCAAGAAAGAGAACACCAUCUCCAAAGACAAUGAGGACAAGAAGAGGUUACUGGCCCGCUACGCUGAGGUCGCGGAUGGUGACAGCAGUGAUGAUGUGGAUGGUGAAGACGAUGGACCAACAAGAUCAGAGGAACUGUUGAUGGCGCCCAAUGUGAACAAAGACAGCGUGGACCGCGCCGUGCGCGAACAGCGCGAGAAACAGAAGGCCGACUACGAAAAGAAACGCGAGAUGGAUCGGCAGCAGCGCGAGAAGGAUCGCCUGAAGGCGCUGGAGCGGAAAGAAAAGGAGAAGAAGAGGACGCAAAAAGGCGAGAAGCGAAGAUAACAGAGGGUUACCAGGCAAGAGUAGAAUGUCGUACAGUAGAACGUCGGUAUAAUGAACAAGAGGGGGUCUGCUAAAAAUAUCACUUGAAAAUUGACAAGAGAUGUGUACAUGUGUGAACUUUCCUGCCCAUUCAGUGGGAAAUAAUGCCAGCAUAUCUCUCAAAUGUGCUUUUAUUUACCAUCUGUGCUCUGAGCGUUUGCUAUUAACUGCCCAAGAAACGUUAUAAUCUGCACAUCUAAUCAAGUCUGUGCACCAAAGGGUUAAAUUUUCAUCAGCUGACUGAAACUGAAGGAAAUUCAAGCCACGUCAAUUUGUAAUCAUGUAACGACAAUGACCAACACGGUCGGCAUCAUGCGGUGUCAACGUGCAUGCACCAGCGGUUUAUUUGGACGUGAAAUUCAGGAGCCAAAGUGUGACGUUCAUUAUAGCCAAGUGCUUAAUAUAGCGGUGUUCAUUAUAGCGACGCUCUACUGUAUUAUUUAAAAUAACUGCCAACUCAAAAUAGGUUUUUGUAAUUUGUGAAGGUUUGGUCCAGGGCCCUUUCUGACUGAUAUGGAACUAGUAGGGGCUAAUCUGUUCCACAAAAUCUUUUGAUGGAAGUGCAGUUCAUUGUACAAGAUAUAGGUCACUUGCUAAAGAAUGUACGUACGUUAAU